AUGGGUGAGGCUCCAUCUUUAUUCACUUUAUGCAUGGAAUCAGUUGCGAUGGAACUUGUUCGGGGGGAUGAUCUUCUACCGGAUAUAUAUGAACUUCCGUUAGACUUGUUUGAUUGCCUGUUGACAAGCUUACCUCCCCUGGCCUUGCAAAAGUUACAAGAACAACUGUCAUUCAGUAAUUGGAAUGACUAUGAAUCUACCAACGAUUGCUUCGAAAAUCAGAGAAAACGUAAAAGAUGUUUGAACUUUGAGAUAGCGUGGAGGGCAUUAUACAAGUCACGUUGGCCUGGUCUUCGGAUUUACUGGGAGACUCAUUUACAGGACUGUUUAGAUGCGGCAGCAGAGAAAGCUUUGCUCCCGUCUUUUGAUGGUUGUAUUGGUGAAAUAAAAGUUCCAGAUGCUGUGUUAAAAUAUAUUGGUUGUGGGGUGCACCUCAGUAACAUAACAAGGGACUGCUCAAAGUUGUCUUAUCAUUUCCGACACUUUGGAUCAUAUGCCAGGUGUCUGAAACUUCAGAAUGUGCUGUGUGCUGCAGAAACUUGUCUUCUAUUAAGGACCAGUAAAUUGGAAAGCUUGGAACUACGAUGGAUUAAAUCGAAUGAACAUGUUGUGGGAUUAUGUAAGCUUCUGGACCAAAACAGUGAGACACUUACUUCAAUUGAAUUCAUUCAUUGCAAGCUAUCUUCGACUUUUGUCGAUGCAAUUUGCGAUUCACUACACAUAAAGGGUCUUCAAACACAUGGGGUAAAACAUUUCUCAAUCAAAACAUCUAGCUUUAUGGAAAUCAACUCGCUUCCUUUACCUGUUGGACUGGCAUCAUUUUUAUCAUCAGGGAGGUCUUUGACUUUGUUAAGCUUAUCUGACAACAACCUCCAACAGAAUUUUGCAAAAAUGGUUUUGAAUACCCUCCUUGAUGCUUCAUCUAGUAUAGUCAUUCUGGACCUUUCAGAGAACAAUAUUGCUGGCUGGCUUUCUGAUUUCAAAUGGAGAUCCACAAGUUGCUCCAAGUUGUAUUCUGGAAUAGGCAAGUCAUUGCAAUCAUUACGUGUGCUCAAUCUAAGGAACACCAAUCUACAAAAAGAUGAUGCAGAUUGUCUUAUAUAUGCUCUGGUUCACAUGCCUAACUUGGGCACUCUUGAUUUAAGUGACAAUCCUAUUGAGGAUGAUGGAAUGAAGAGUUUAAUCUCAUACUUCGUUGAGAUUUCUGAAAGAGAACCCCCCUUCGCUGAGUUGAAGUUGGAAAACUGUGAGCUUACUUGCAAGGGAGUGAGUCAACUUUUGGGAGUCCUUUCGCAAUUAAAGAAACCAUUGAAUGCCCUUUCAAUUGGCGAUAAUGACCUUGGCAUUAAAGUGGGGGCACCACUGGGAAAAUACUUGUGCACAGGCAUUCGAUCCCUCAAUAUUGAGGAUAUUGGACUUUGUUCAUCUGGCUUUCUGGAAGCACAAGAAGAAUUGAUGGAAGAGUUGAAGCUUGUCUACAUCAAUAUAAGCAAAAACCGAGGUGGGAUUGAAACUGCCAAAUUUCUGUCAAAGCUCAUUUCACAAUCUCCAAGACUUGUUGCAGUCAAUGCAGGAUAUAAUUUUAUGCCUGUGGAAUCCUUGUCAGCAAUAUGCUCUGGCCUGAAAGUUGCAAAAGGGAAAUUGGAGCAUCUAGACUUGACAGGAAAUAGUUUCUGUGAUCAAUCUGCAGAAGCUUCUGUGCUGGCUGGAUUUCAAAUUCAUGGAAAACCUAUCAUUGUGCUUUCAUCAUUGCCUGCCUCAAAUCAACCUUAUGAUGAUGAUCCUUAG